CGGAGGGCCACGCCUCCGGAGAAGUCGCGGAGACAGCCAUGAGUUCCCGCUGGCUGCCUGCGCGCCGUCUGUGGCCGGUCCUGUGGCGCUUGGUGGUCUCCCAGCGAGCUGGCCCCGCGGGGGCUUCUGUUCCCCGGCUUCCGCGGCUCGCACAGCGAUGGCUUCCGGCGGGGCCCGCGACCUGCCUGACCCCGAGCCCGACGCGCGGCCUGCACGGUGGGCCUCAGCCGGAGGAGCGGACCGAUGGCGACGCUCGCCCGCAGCCGGCAGCCGCAGGUCACAUUGGUGCCAAGUUUAACAUCGAUAUGCUGGUUUCACUUCUGAGGCAAGAAAAUGCAAGAGACAUUUGUGUGAUCAAGGUUCCUCCGGAAAUGAGAUACACAGACUACUUUGUAGUUGGUAGUGGGACUUCCACCCGACACUUACACGCUAUGGCGCACUACAUUGUGAAGAUGUAUAAAUACCUGAAAGGCAGAAGUGAUCCGCAUGUCAAGAUUGAAGGGAAGGACACUGAUGAUUGGCUGUGUGUAGAUUUUGGCAGUAUGGUGGUCCAUCUGAUGCUUCCAGAAACCAGAGAAACCUACGAAUUAGAGAAAUUAUGGACUCUACGUUCUUUUGAUGACCAGUUAGCUCAGAUAGCAGCUGAGACGUUACCUGAAGACUUCAUUCUUGGACUAGAAGAUGACACCUCCUUUCUGAUUCCAGUGGAGUUCAAAUGUGAAUAAAGCAGUU